AUGAGAACGCUUAAUAUGAGGAGUCCUACAUUCUUCAUUCUGGUUGCAUUGCUUGUCUGGUCUUCAGGAAAUGAAACUUGCGGUGGUAGAAUAGUCAAGCACUGGAGAGGAAGCAAAGCAAUUCCACCAUCCCUUUCAAAUAAGAAAGGUGAUAAUGAUGCCGAUAGCCAAUAUCCAACAAGGUUGAUGGAAGAGAGUUUCACUGCACAAGGAAAGGCUUCAACUACUACUUUUAAUGUAAUAGACUAUGGUGCUAAAGGUGAUGGAACUACGGAUGACACAAAGGCAUUUGAAGCAGCAUGGGCAUCUGCUUGCAAAGUGGAGGCAUCAACAAUGGUGGUUCCAUCAGGGUCUGUCUACCUAGUCAAGCCCAUCUCUUUCUCAGGACCCAACUGUGGAUCAAACAUCAUAUUUCAGGUGGAUGGCAAAAUUAUUGCUCCUACAAGCCCUGGGGCUUGGGGUUCGGGUCUACUUCAAUGGCUCGAAUUUACGAAGCUUACAGGGAUUACAGUCAAGGGCAAAGGUGUUAUUGACGGGCAAGGCUCAGUCUGGUGGAGUGACUCAUCCACAGAAAAUCCAACAGAAGAAUCAGAAUCAGUCUCUCCACUCAAAGAUUCAACUUAUGAGAGCUCGCCGCUCUGGUAA